AUGUCAGAUCCCCGGAAAAGACGCGAGGGAAACAAAACCGACGAGUCGGGAUACUCCAUUUCACCAUCGCUUUUUGAAAACCUUACCAUCGCGACCAAGUAUGUCCAGCAAGGUGACGCUAUAGAGAUUGAUCAACAUGAUGAAUCCUGCACUACGACUCUCCAAUGUUUUCUUUCGGUAAACGCAGUUCUGAGCACAGCAUCGUCAUUUGCUAUCCGCCAACAACAAGCGGCAGAGCAAGAUCUUCCGCUUCAGGUCAUCGGAGAAGGAUUUUGCGGUGUGAUAUACGACUUCCCUAGCAGGGGACUCAUCAUCAAGGCCGGUAGAUCAAACAAGAAGCAAGAGAUGUGGGCUGAUCAUGUGGCUCACGUCAAGAUGUGGGAGGCUUCGAAAACCACAAAGUCUUACGCCAUGCCAAGACCUGCAUAUAUCGUACAAGUCGAUGACCUUCAAGCUUGGAAGAUUGCUCACCGCAAGGAGAUCAAGAGUCACUCAGGAUUUUUCUUCGAUCCCAGCGCGAUCAUAGUAUCUGAACGCAUUCUCCCACUACCUCGAAGCAUCCGUGAGGCGCUUGUGUCCGUCUUCUGUCCGUCCGACAUGAAAGCUGACGCUUCAAACAACCCAGCAAACAAGCAUUGCUUGAUACGCAUUUACCUUGGACGCAGACGCAUGAAUCAACGAGUCGGAAACAAAUUCUCUCUGCGAAACUUUGAGCUCACGCUCGAUAAGAUGGAGAUCUUGGGUGUAGACCCCCAGCAAUAUGUUCAGCCAAUGGCUGAGGCUUUGGCGGUCAUGCACUGGGCUGCUCAGAUUGAUGGUGCAGAUGUCGAAUUCGUUCUUGGCAGUUCUCCCGAGCGUCGCAUAUCUGCUCAAACCCUGGACUCAAUUGACCUUGAAGGGGAUAUCAUCACGACGUGGAAUAUGGAUGAAUCGAAAUCAAGCGGCAUCAACUUUCUCCGACGCAGCGUGAGCAUCUUCUUACUGGAUUUCAAUCAAUGCAGAAGAAUGCCGCCCACUCCCAAGGGCAUUGAUGAUGCUGUCAAAGCAUUCUGGGAAAAUGACCCAUACUAUCCAAGACCUGGCUACAAGGAGGGAUCCCAAGAGUGGAUGCUUUGGGAACAGUUCAAGGGCCACUACUUAGUCAAGAGUUAUAAGAUUCUGGAUGACUCUGCUACAAUGCCCGCCGAGUUUCUCCGCAGAGUCGAAGAGCAUGGAAAUUCAGCUGCAAGGCAGCUAUUCAUGGGCGGCCCCCCUCCAAAUUCUGCCACGGCUUCCUCAAGUCCCACUCCUGGUCGUUCAAGCUCUAUAGCAGACACGAACGAAGGCAACAACAACAAGAAGCAGAGGAAGUACGCAACUCUAGGAUAA